AUGAAAAAUAUAUUCAAAUUUAUUACAUUACACAUUGUUGAUGAAAUUGUUACAGAAUUAUUAAAAGCUGGUGGACAAUCCAUUACUCAUGUAUAUCAUUAUACAUAUAUUGAAAAAAAAGAUGAAAAUGAAUUAGAUGAAGUUAAUAAAAUUCUUUUUCAACAAGCAUUGGAUGCUACUGUUAAAAUAGCUGGUGAACAAGUCAAAUGUGUUUCACUUCAAACUGGUUAUAAAUAUUAUGGUGUUCAUAAAGGUGGUGAAUAUCUUGCAUCACGUCCUUAUUCAGAACAUGCACCUCGUCAUAAAGGUUCGAAUUUUUACUAUACACAAGAAGAUUUACUUAAAGAAUAUUCUAAAAAACAUAACUGGAAAUAUGUUAUAACACGACCAAAUAUUAUUGUUGGUGCAUCGAAAGGAAAUGCUAUGAAUUUUGCUGUUAGUCUUGCUAUUUAUGCUAGUAUACAAAAAGAAAAAGGUCAAUCAUUAGUUUUUCCUGGUAAUGAAAUUCUCUGGAAUUCAGUUGUUGAUCAUUCGGAUGCAUUAAAUACAGCACGUUUUCAAAUAUGGUCAUCAACAAAUAUCAAAAUAAACAAUGAAAUAUUUAAUAUAUAUAAUGGAGAUGAAGUUAAAUUUUCUACAUUAUGGUCCAGCAUUGAAAAAUAUUUUGGUUUUACACAUUAUGAACAAACAUUUCAUACACCGAAAGAUACUAAAAUAGGAGAUAUGAAUGUUUUACAAUUCUCAUUAGAGAAAUAUGUAUCGGAAAACAAAGAUGUAUGGGAACGACUUGCUAAACGUGAAAAACUUGAUGCUUCUGCUUCUGAAUAUGCUACUUGGGGUUUUAUUGGUAAGAAUGAUUUAUAUAUAAAGUUGAUGACACUUCGAAGAUUUCUUUUAGAUUUUGUUCUGGGUCGAGCAUUUGAUGAUCAUGGUGAUAUGACAAAUGCACGUCAAUAUGGUUGGACUGUAACAGUCGAUACAACAGAAUGUUAUGCUCAAUGUUUUGAUCGAUUAAAAAAAUUGAAAAUUAUUCCAUCCGAUUGA